AUGUGCGCCGGCCCGCCUCCGCCCCCAAAUCCUCCUCCACCACCAUCACCACCACCACCCCCACCAGUAGCAGCAGCAGCACCACCUUCAGCAGUCCCCAUACCGCCCAUCCCACCCCCUGAUUCUGCCCCGUCCCUUCCGUUCCCCACCCCAUUGGCAACAUCUCCCCCUCCCCCUCCCCCUCCCCCUCCGCCUCCGCCUCCGCCUCCCCCUCCCGCUGUGGGUGCGCCCUCUGCUCCCCCUUCGCCCGUGGUUCUACUCACCCCUUGCAUCCCUCCUCCCCCUUGCUGCUGCUCAGGCCCUGCUCCCCCGCCUGCUUGCCCCAUGUGCCCCCCUUGCCCCAUCUCCCCUCCUCCCCCCAUUCCCCCUCCCCCGCCUCCGCCCAUACCCCCACCUGCUCCUCCCCCAGACCCCAUAUUCCCCCCUGGUCCCAUUCCCCCUUGCCCCAUGCCUUGCCCCAUGCCUCCCCCCAUGCCUCCCGCUACCCCCAUCCCCCCUCCGCCAUGUGCGCCCAUCCCCCCGCCCCCCUGCUGCUCCACCCCCCCAGGUCCAGAAAAGAACCGCACAGGCUUGUUGCCUCCGCCCAUUGACCCCCCAUUCCCCAUCCCCAUUCCCCCCAUGCCUCCUCCCAUGCCUCCCCCCAUGCCUCCGCCCAUGCCUCCCCCCAUGCCCCCUCCCCCGCCCCCCCAUCCCCCCCGCGAAGUGGAAGGGCGGGCGCUGCUGCAGCUGCAGCUGAAACUUUUCAGCUAG